AUGCCUGUAUCCACCAUUCCAGUCAUCCACCCUUCCAGGCAUCCACCCUUCCAGUCAUCCACCCUUCCAGGCAUCCACCCUUCCAGGCAUCCACCCUUCCAGGCAUCCACCCUUCCAGGUGUCCAGGCAUCCACCCGUCCAGGCGUCCAGGCAUCCACCCUUCCAGGCAUCCACCCGUCCAGGCAUCCACCCGUCCAGGUGUCCAGGCUUCCACCCAUCCAGGCAUCCAGGCUUCCACCUGUCCAGGCCUCCAGGCUUCCACCCAUCCAGGCUUCCACGCAUCUAGGCUUCCACCAUCCAGGGGUCCAGUCUACCACCUGUCCAUGCUUCCACCCAUCCAGGCGUCCAGGCUUCCACCUGUCCAGGCUUCCACCCGUCCAGGCUUCCACACGUCCAGGCGUCCACUCAUCCAGGCGUCCAGGCUUCCACCCGUCCAUUUAUCCACCCGUCCAGGCUUCCACCCGUCCAGGCGUCCACCUGUCCAGUCUUCCACCUGUCCAGGCUUCCACCCAUCCAGGUGUCCAGGCUUCCACCUGUCCAGGCUUCCACCCAUCCAGGCUUUCACCCGUCCAGGUGUCCAGGCUUCCACCCGUUCAGGCUUCUACCCGUCCAGGUGUCCAGGCGUCCAGGCUUCAACCCGUCCAUUCUUCCACCCAUCCAGGCGUCCACCCGUACAGGCUUCCACCCGUCCACCCGUCCAGGCGUCCACCCAUCCAGGCAUCCAACCUUCCAGGCAUCCACCCGCCCAGUCGUCCAGGUAUCCACCCAUCCAGCAUCCACCCCGUCCAGGCGUCCAGGCUUGCACCCGUCAGCGCGUCCACCCAUCCAGGCUUCCACCCUUCCAGGCUUCCACCCGUCCAGGCGUCCAGGCUUCCACCUGUCCAGGCGUCCACCCGUCCAGACAUCCACCCAUCCAGGCGUCCAGACUUCCACCCGUCCAUGCUUCCACCCGUCCAGGCCUCCAGGCUUCCACCCAUCCAGGCAUCCAGGCUUCCACCCAUCCAGGCGUCCACGUGUUCUGGCAUCCAGGCGUCCAGGCUUCCACCCUUCCAGGCGUCCAGGCUUCCACCCGUCUAUGCUUCCACCCGUCCAGGCGUCCAGGCUUCCAGCAGUCCAGGCGUCCAGGCUUCCACCCGUCCAGGCGUCCCCCCGUCCAGGCGUCCAGGCUUCCACCCAUCCAGGCAUCCAGGCUUCCAACCAUCCAGGCCUCCAGGCUUUCACCUGUCCAGGCCUCCAGGCUUCCACCCGUCCAGGCGUCCAGGCUUCCACCCGUCCAUGCUUCCACCCGUCCAGGCCUCCAGGCUUCCACCCAUCCAGGCAUCCAGGCUUCCACCCAUCCAGGCGUCCAUGUGUUCUGGCAUCCAGGCGUCCCGGCUUCCACCCUUCCAGGCUUCCAUGUGUUCAGGCGUCCACCCGUCCACUUGUUCUGGCAUCCAGGCGUCCCGGCGUCCACCCGUCCAGGCUUCCAGGCUUCCACCAAUCCAGGCAUACAGGCUUCCACCCAUUCAGGUGUCCACGUGUUCUGGCAUCCAGGCUUCCACCCAUCCAGGCGUCCAUGUGCUCUGGCAUCCAGGCGUCCCGGCGUCCACCCAUCCGGGCGUCCACGUGUUCUGGCAACCAGGCGUCCCGGCGUCCACCCUUCCAGGCGUCCAUGUGUUCAGGCGUCCACCCGUCCACGUGUUCAGUCAUCCAGGCUUCCAUGCGUCCAGACGUUUAGGCGUCCCGGCGUCUAGGCGUCCACCCGUCCAUGCGUCCAUCCAUCCAGGCGUCCAGGUUUCCUUAACUCCACCCCCCAGCUCCAUCCUCUUCCCCAGCUCCAUCCUCUGCCACAGCUCCAUCCUUAUCCCCAGCUCCAUCCUAAGCCCUAGCUCCAUCCUCUUCCCCAGCUCCAUCCUCUGCCACAGCUCCAUCCUCUCCCCAGCUCCACCUCUGCCCCAGCUCCAUCCUCUUCCCCAGCUCCAUCCCCCCCAGCUCCAUCCUCUUCCCCAGCUCCACCCCCCAGUUCCAUCCUCUUCCCCAGCUCCAUCCUCAUCCCCAUCCAUCCUCUGCCACAGCUCCAUCCUCUGCCACAGCUCCAUCCUUAUCCCCAGCUCCAUCCUAAGCCCCAGCUCCAUCCUCAGCCCCAGCCUCAUCCUCUUCCCCAGCUCCACCCCCCCCCAGUUCCAUCCUCUUCCCCAGCUCCAUCCUCUGCCACAGCUCCAUCCUCUGCCAGCUCCAUCCUCAUCCCAUCCAUCCUAA